AUGAGAGUUUUCAAGGAAGACUCAACAGACCAAAAGUCAACCGUGCUGAAUAGUGAUAUGUGUGCUGAGUUCCUGGAAAUGUCUAGGGAUGAUAGGAUCCCUGAGUGCGGUUACUGCAGCGACGACCGGGGAGAUGAAGGUGGUGAAGAAGAUGGUGAAGAAGGUGAUGAACAAGAGAAUUGUGCAGGAAGUUCAAGAGCUUCCAACUCCAACUCCAACGCCUCCACGAAAAGGAAAUCAGAGGGGAGUUCUCAUUUGGCAGCAACGGUGGCAAAGAAGCAAGCAAAGUCCAUUGCAUAUCAGAUUCGGAAGACACCAGAAAAGGUGGUUGCGGAGAGACAUAUGUCAAAGGGCACUCAAAAGACCAUGAAGGAUUACAACAAGAAGACAAAGGAGCAAAAAGAUGAUGUAGAUGGUCAUGUAGCUGACUUUUUGUAUGAGAAUUGCCUUCCACUCAAUAUUGUCAAUUCAAGGAGUUGGGAGAUUCUAUUGGAAUCUAUAGGGCAGUAUGGUUCUGAUUAUAUAUCUCCUACUUAUCAUCAAGUGAGGGAACCAUUGCUUGAGAAGGCAAAGAUCAAGACCGACAACUUGAAAGGGAAGCAUGAAGUUGCAUGGAAAGAAUAUGGUUGCUCACUCAUGUCAGAUAGCUGGACGGACAUGACCGGGAGACACUUGAUCAACUUCCUCGUCAAUAGUCCAGAAGGUACCUUCUGCUUAAGGACAGCCAAUGUUUCUUCUGAAACAGUUGAUGCAAAUCUGGUGGCAAAGUCGUUGAGCGAACAAAUUGAUGCAAUUGGCCCUGAGUUGGUAGUCCAAGUAGUUAGCGAUAAUGGGUCUAACUACAAGGCAGCCGGUAGACUUCUAAUGGAAAAGUAUCCUACAAUGUAUUGGACACCUUAUGCUGCCCACUGUUUGGAUCUUAUGCUAGAGGACAUCGGGAAGAUCAAAGAGUUCAGCCGCUGCAUUGCUAAAGCAAAGAGAACAACCAGAUUUAUUUAUUCCCAUGGAAAGGUUCUUGAUUUAAUGAGAAGCUUGAAUGGUAAGCAAGAAAUUGUGAGGCCUGGAGCAACUCGUUUUGCUACGUCAUUCCUUACUUUGGCAAGCAUGUGGAAGCAAAGGCAAACAUUGAAAACUCUCUUUGUUAGCCCACAAUGGUAUGCAAACAGAUUGAAGGACAGCGAAGGAGGGAAGGCGGCUGAAGCAACUGUGAUCUCCGUGUCAUUUUGGCAAUCGGUGGAGCAUUGCAUGAGAGCUUCACAACCACGUCUUAGAGCUUUGAGGAUCGCUGAUGGUGAUGAGACUCCGGCUAUGGCAGAAAUGUGGGCAGCCAUGGAUUUUGCAAAGACACGCAUAAAGGAAGCUUUGACACAUAAGCCAAACCUCCUAGGUCAAGUGGUAGCUAUUGUUGAUAAGAGGUGGGAUAAUCAGAUGGAACAAAAGCUACAUGGGGCUGCUUUGUUCUUGAACCCAAAUAAAUUCUUUGCCAUUAAGGAGUCCAACAAAAGAAAAGCUUCUCGUCUCCGUUCAAUGUUCAAUGAUGUGAUAUGGAAGAUGGUGCCCGAUGAUGAGCAGCAAACAACUAUAAGUAGGGAAGCUGACGACUAUGAGCUGGGGAGGCAAUGUUUCUCGAAGCCAUUGUCAAUUAAAGACCGUGACAAAAAAGCCCUCUUCUUUGGUGGAAUGCUUAUGGUGGCCUUGCUUUUGACCUCCAAACUCUUGCAAAGCGAAUCAUUAGUCUAUUGUUCAGCAUCCGGCUGCGAGCGCAAUUGGAGUGUAUUUGCUCAUAUCCACACCAAAGGGAGAAAUCGUCUAGAGUACAAGAGAUUGAACAAGCUAUCAUAUGUCUCGUACAACCGGAAAAUGGAAGCUCGCUUUCAGAAUCUGCGUGAGCAAGGCUCUAAAGCAAAGAAAUCUAGUCCACUUGUCCUAGAAGUAUUCGAAUGGGAUAAUGAAUGGGUUGAUAUCAAUGCUGAAAUGGUACAUGAAGAUCAAGCUCAAGUCAUGGACGGUGAAACACCACUACUUUGGUCUCAGGUUGAUGAAGCCAUGGGUGCGUCAACUUCUCUAGCAGGCCGCAACUAUCCUAGGAGAGCUCGUGGUGAUCCUAGCGAGUCUAUUGCACGACCAAUAGGCCCUUAUAUCACCUACACUCGGAACAACGCAAUAACAAGGCUGGUUGUGCAUGAUGAAGAGUUGAGGGCUGAAUUAGAAGCGGCAGAAUAUGACAAAGACAUGGAGAGGAGCGAUGAGGACGAUGUUGAAUCACCAGAUGAUGAAGACACCGAUUUUUAG